AUGCCGACAGCCGGCUUACCCAUAAAAGGUGGUAAUUAUUAUGUGAUGGCUAGAAAAAUAAGCAGGGAAGAAGAAGUGACAGUUUUUGGCCGGCCAUCUGGUGCAACCAUAAAUAAUUGGCCCCCGCGUCUUCCUUUUGUCGGUCCGGACAGGCAAAUUGCCGGUUUUCUUUCAUUUGUUUCCGGAGAAACGGAUAACGUGGAAUUAGGAGUGGAUCUUCCGAAUUUCGACUUUGAAUUGAAGACAACACCUUUGGCCUAAUUACAGGUGAGGCGUUGAGAGGGAGGUUUUAGUGGACAUUUGAGACGAAAUUAGUAGUUUUCAUGUAGGAAUGAGAUUGUUAGAGGGGCCUUUAACUUGAAGUUUAUUUCAUUUUUCAGUCAUUUUGGGUUUUUUGGGCGUCCUAAAAAUCAACUUCAAAGAUAUUUAUGACUGGAUUUGGCAGCAGGGGAGAUAUCUUAAAAAUUAUUAUUUCGAAUAGAAAAAGAAAACUUGAAAAAUCGCCUGAAUAAAAGGUGCAUAACCUUCUACGCUCCAUGGAUAUAAAAGACAAAAAACUUGAGAAAGUCGAUUUUUUCUAUAUUUUUCACCAAAAUUCCUGAGCUUGACGAGUUGAGAACUUGGAAAAAUGAUAAAACUCCAUUUUUAAGUCUUUUUCCUAGUGUCAAAGCCCAAAAUUGAAUUUGCUUCCUUUGAACUUGAAACAAAAGUGCAAUAUGCGUGUGGAGAAGCAUUUUUGGAUGCGGGACACAAGGUCUAAUUAGCGCCAAGAUUUGAAGUGGCCACUUGAGGGCGGCUCAAGCGUGCGAACGCGUCGUUUCGCGCUUCUUGUACUACUAGUAACAGGAUUUCUUUUUCGAGCGGUUUUUGGGGUUUCACUGAAUCUUUUUGCUAAACUUAAAACUGCGCCCGACCUUUAACGACUUACGCUUGAGGCUAGAAGAUGGGGAGUCAUUUUUUGCGAUGCCAAGGCGAUUGAAGUCUGAAAAAAUACUCAGAACUUUCAAAUCAAACGCUCAAAAUAUUUUUUUUUUCCUUUUUUUGUGAUACAAAGUUGUUUGGAAUCUGGAAAAUGUACAGCAAAAAUCUUGAAAUAGCUUAAAAUCACUCUUUUUUCCAGGUGCCACAGAAUGUUCGGACGUGUCAUUUUCCACGAAACUUGCCAAAUUGGACGGUGUAAAGCGGAUAACCAGGUUUUACUGCAAAAAUAUCCUUGAAAAUCAAAAGUUUUCAAGAUUUGCCGUGAGCGGUCACAUAUCCGCCUAUACGGUAGCCGCCUCGAUUUCCGAUGACGAUUUUCAACAAGUUCGACAGGCCAAUGGGAAUCCAUUGGUUGGUUUUUGUAAAAUCGAUAAAAUAACAAGGGAUAAGAAUAAUUUGAGUUGAAAGUAGAGAAAUUGAGUGAAAUGAGACAGUGCGAAUGACUGAAGAGACGCCAGAGAAGUUAGAGAGCCUUUUUUCUCUGGUGUCUCUUCAGGACGCUUUCACUGUUUUGAGAGUUUUUAAUGAUGAAAAAUACCGAUAAACUAACGGGAAAUAAGGGAAAACAAGAAAAGUGAGAGAUUACGAAGUUCUGAAGAGACGCCAGAGAAGUUAGAGGGCCUUUUUUUCUCUGGAGUCUCUUCAGGGGCUUUUGAUGUUUUGCGAGCUUUUAUGAUUGACAAGGAAUAAAACCGCUUAUAAAAGAAGGGAAUAAUGUUUGAAAGUAACAAGAAGCGAGAGAUCAACUGUGGCUUGAAGAGACGCCAGAGAAGUCAGAGCGCUAUUUUUCUUUGGAGUCUCUUCAGGGCGCUUUUGAUGUUUUGCUAGCAUUUAGUGAUGAGAAAUACCGAUAAAAAAAAAAGGUGAAAUAAGGGAAAAAAACAAGAAAAAUGAGAGAUUACGAAGGUCUGAAGAGGCGCCAGAGAAGUUAGAGUGUUAUCUUUCUCUGGGAUCUCUUCAGGACGCUUUUGAUGUUUUGCUAGCAUUUAGUGAUGAGAAAUACCGAUAAAAAAAAGGUGAAAUAAGGGAAAAAACAAGAAAAAUGAGAGAUUACGAAGGUCUGAAGAGACGCCAGAGAAGUCAGAGCGCUAUUUUUCUUUGGAGUCUCUUCAGGGCGCUUUUGAUGUUUUGCUAGCAUUUAGUGAUGAGAAAUACCGAUAAAAAAAAGGUGAAAUAAGGGAAAAAACAAGAAAAAUGAGAGAUUACGAAGGUCUGAAGAGGCGCCAGAGAAGUUAGAGUGUUAUCUUUCUCUGGGAUCUCUUCAGGACGCUUUUGAUGUUUUGCUAGCAUUUAUGAUUGACAAGGAAUAAAAUUGCUUUGAAAGGGCCAAAAAGGGGAAUCAUGUUUGAAAGUAAUAGGAAGCGAGAGAUCAACAGCGGCCUGAAGAGACGCCAGAGAAGUCAGAGGACCUAUUUUCUCUAAAGUCUCUUCAGGCUCUCAGAUAUUUCUUUUUAGCUGAAAAUGAUCAGAAAUGUUUUUAUUGAAAUCGCACGGCAAUGUUUAUUUUUUAUUUCAGAAGUAACAAAAAAAUCAUGAAAAAUGGAAGGAAACUUAGCGCCUGACGAGAUCUCAAAAUGAGUUAUAGUUCUUUCUCUCAUGAAUUUUGAAAAAAGCUUCAUUUCAACGAAAAAAAAAACCACAAUUUUCCAUCCUAUCCAUUUACAAAUCCCCUCGGAAUCCCCUUGAUGUCCUUCCCCAACAAAAACAGCAAUCCGUCAAGGAAGCAUUUUUUGAUGGAUCUUUCCGGUCCUUGUCCUGCAGUUUUUGGUGGAUUUGAUGGAUUUGAGAAAAAAAGCAGAUGCUUUUAAUGGGCGGUUUUAGGGAUUUUGGGAUGUUUUUUUCGAAGAAAUUAUAAGAAAAAAACUAAUGAAAAAAAUAAAUAAAAUUGGUAAUAAUUUUUUUGCAGAAAUCUGGAGUUUUCGUUUUUUUAACUGGCUUCUGGACCAGUCUGAGCUAAUUUUUUUGAAAUUUAAAAAGAAGGAUUUGAUUCGAAAAUUUUAAAAAAAGAUGUCAACUUAACAAAGAGGGACAAGAUAAGCCCAAAACUAGAAAAAAAUCCUAUAUUUUUUUGGUUUAGUCCCCGAGUAAAACGUAUUUUCUACUGAUUAAUCCAAUUUUCGAGAUAUUUUCCUUAUCACUUUUCUCUGUAUUUAAUUUUAGAAACCCUUUUUUUUUAGGUACUCUACUCAACCCUCUCCAACAUCCCUUCCUGGACCCAUGUCGAUAUUUUGGCCUCGGUCGUCAAAAUCAGCCCGGCUUUCGAUUCCAUCACUGAAGAUGUCCAAAGUCCUCUUCUUAUCCUGACCGUUUGCGAUUACGGUGAGGAUUGCUGUAUCCUACAGUGUUCGAGUAGUUUUAGUGGAAGAGUUAGGAAGCGAGAGAUCAACUGCGGUCUGAAGAGACGCCAGAGAAGUUAGAGGGCUGUUUUUCUCUGCACUCUCUUCAGGCUUUUAGAGUAUUCUUUUUAGCUUUAAAUGAUCAGAAAUCUUUCGAUUCCAUCACUGAAGAUGUCCAAAGUUCUCUCCUUAUCUUGACUGUUUGCGACUACGGUGAGGAUUACUGUAGCCUAAAGAGUUCAAGUAGUUUUAGUGGAAGAGUUGAUGAUUUCUGUGACUAAUCGAUUUGACAAAAAAAACCUUGAACCAAAAAUUUCCAGUUGCAUUCCUUUCUGAACUCUUUUAAUGGAUGCAAGGAUACAUUAUGAUUUUAUGACAAGAACUGCUUUUUUUUUAGCACUUUUUCAAUAAUAAAGUCAGCUUCAAAGUUAGGAUGGUUAUGAAGACAGAUUUUAGAACAGUAUAAAUUAUAAAUAAAGUAUAAAUUGACGAAAAUUAUCAAGAAAAUGAACACAAAAACGUGAGAAAAGUACGAGAAUUCAAAAAAAAAAAACCUUUCUGUAGCUGAUUCUCGGCUUGAGCCAUCAAAAAAAGGUCCCGACACGAUAAUAAGAGAUAGUGCCUGAUUGGUGGAGAGCGCAGACAGGCCACGGCCUCCUAACGUCCCAAGCUAGCCGUGAAUCAGCUAUACAGCGGGUGUUAAAGGAAUAUCAACACGUCAGUAGUAUUUUAGUAGCUUUUCCGGUCUUGUUUGAUUCCCUUUUUAAAUGAAAUUUGAUAAAAAAAAUAAAAGCCCUCAACAAACUUUUUUUUGACCCUUUGAGACCGAAAAUCAGUUUUUAUAUGAUUAGAUAAAGCUGCUCGAAGCUUCCUUUGUUCUUUUUGCUUUCAAAUCUUUGCUCGAUCCUUCAUUCAUCUUGAAUCUAACUUCCAGAAACCCAAAUCACGUCAUUCGAUGACUCGUCCUACACAGUUGACACCUACGCUGCUGGAUUGGUUUCGAUGUUAGAUAUUUAUCGAUUUUUAUCAUUCUUCUUGUUUCAAUUUUAAUAAUUUUUGUUGAAAAUUAUAAUUUUGCAGGUACGAAAACGAGUUGACGGUGGUUUUCCGGUCCUACCGAUCCGGCAUAUUUUUCUUCUCGAUGGCCGAUCAGGGCGACGUUCUGGUGGCUCAGAUCGUCCAUGGCACGAUUCAUGUCAUUUUUGAUUUUGGUAGGGGUUUUUUGAAUUGAUUUUUUUUCGGUUUUAUUGUUAUUUUUGUUGUUUAGAAGGAUAUUUAUCAUUUUUUAGGCUCCCUAACACCGUCAAGGAUCAGCGCUGGUAAGGCCCUGGACGAUGGAAAAUGGCACGAGGUGGAAUUUUCUUUUUCAUACGCUAAUUUUCAAUUUUCAAGUAGUUUUGAAGUCUUUUUUGUGCAGAAAUUGCUUCGAAAUCGUUUUUUUUUGAAAAUUUGCACGUUUUCUCUGUACCUUCUGAACAUUUUCCGACUUUAGAUGCGUUGGCUACACCAAUUCGAUUCGGUUCAACUAUCCAUCGAUGGAGUUUUAUUGAAUCAAACGGCUCCGACUGGCCUUUUCCGCAAAUUGGACCUCCAUAAUGUUGUAAGUUUCGAAAACCUACAAAAUUACGAAAAUUUUCAGUUUUAUGUGUGAAAAACCCCAAAAUUCAAUGAGAAAUAAUGAAAUAACUUAUAGGAAAUUUUGAAUAUCUGUGAAAAAAUUGAACCUGGAUUUUUUAAAAUACUAUCAAAGACACUGCUGACUGGACUAUGAGCAUAUCAAAAAUCUUCUUUUUCUUAUUUUUCUCUCUGAUCGCCUUGAUACUCUGCCGCCUCUGCCAAGGUGUAUGGCGCCGAAAGUUGCCUCUCUAAGAUGUGUCUUCGGUAGUAUAGUGGUGAGUAUCCGCGUCUGUCACAUGCGAGACCCGGGUUCAAUUCCCGGCCGGAGAGAAAUCUUUUUGCCAUUUGUUUUUGUUUGUUUUAUGAAGUUUCAUAGCUUAAUUUUUGAAUUUUAUUGAUGGAAAAUUAUAUGAACAGCAGGGCAAAGGGUCAAAAUUGGAAGAAAAUUAAUUAUAUUGGAUUUUCAACAAGGAUUUUGCAUUGAAAGGGUUUUGGCUUAAUAAAAAAAAAUUCUUCAAUAUAUCCUAGAUCAGCUCCACUUAUUGACAUUUUUCGAACAUUUUUUGACCUUAUAAAUUUAAAAUGGAAAUUUACAGGUUCACAUUGGCGGCCGACCUGCCGACGACUUCUCCCAAGGCAUCGAAACGACAUUUUCCGGCUGUAUUGCACGUCUUCAACUGAAUUCGGCGGAUCUCCUCCAUUACUCGCGUCAAAAUGCUAACAAUCGAUGCAGUGUUCGUUUUUUUUAAAUUCUCACGGACUCUUAGUGAUAGUAACGUUAUGCGGUGGCGGCGCGGCUUCUGGCGGGAAGUUCAAAUUUGAACGCAAGUCGCUUUUUUAUGUUUGAUAUACUGAUCGAUUUUCGGCAGUUUUGAUUUAUUAUAACUUGAUUUGAGAGCUGCAAAUCGGUUUUGUUUGUCAUUUUGGGAGCUGGAAAUCGGCCCACGUUUAUCCUUUUGGGAGCUGCAAAUUGCUGAACGUUUCAUGUUUUGGGAGCUGCAGAUUGGUCUUUGUUAUCAUUUUGGGAGCUGCAAAUCGGCCCACGUUUAUCCUUUUGGGAGCUGCAAAUUGCUGAACGUUUCAUAUUUUGGGAGCUGCAAAUCGGUUCACGUGUAUCAUUUUGGGAGCUGCAAAUUGGUUUUUGCUAUCAAUUUGGGAGCUGCAAAUUGGUCUUUGUAAUCAUUUUGGGAGCUGCAAAUUGCUGAAAUUUUCUUAUUUUGGGAGCUGCAAACCGAUCCAUGUUAAUCAUUUUGGGAGCUGCAGAUUGGUCUUUGUUAUCAUUUUGGGAGCUGCAAAUGGUCUUUGCUAUUAUUUUGGGAGCUGUAAGUUGGUCAACGUUCAUUAUUUUGGGUGCUGCAAUUCGACCCCAUUUUUUUUUUUGCUUAUUCUGGAUGUUACGAUGGGGUUGUUUCAUGCUAAUAGCUGUUAGAGGAAAUCAGCAUUUGAAAAUGCGUUAACUUCAUAUUCUACCAACCCUUGCGCUUUGAUUCGAAAUUCGGGCCAAAAAGCCUCGUCGCGAACGAAUUUACAGUAACUUGUGUCCAUCUCCUUCAAGUCAGAAAAAGUCUAAGAUUUAUUUUUCCAUCCAAAAAUCUGAAUUUUCAGAUGCCAAGACCGCCCUCUUUCACCCUGCACAACGGCUCCCAGGCCAUUCUUCCCUUCACUUUUCUCCCGUUUUCCUUCGAAUUCCGACUCGUUCCCGUCGCUGGACCGAUGCUAACCCUUUUGGAUGCCGAUAAUGGAACCUUGAUCGAUAUCGUCGUGGACGAGGAACUGAAGAUGAUGUUGGUCAGCAACGUCACCAAGUUCAAGCAAUCCGCCAAUCCUGGGAUUCAAGUGGCCGACGGGGCUUGGCACAGCUUCUCGUUGAGGAUUCGGGGCGCCCGGCUGGAAAUCGAUGUUGAUGGGCUUACGGUGGGUUACUGUAGAGUUUUUGGGCCGGUGAUAGAUUUUUUGACUUUGAAAAUCAAGUUCCAAGAUUUGUGAGAGUCUAUAUGAUAUCCAAUAAAUUCAUAGCGAAAAUCGAAGUUUUGGAGCGAGACAUUUUCCAGACCCUCUGGCUGGAAGGUCAAGAAGUGCGACGGAUCUCGGUCAGGCUCUCCAAUUUCAUCAUUUCGGCUUCUGGCUGCUUCCGAUCGGCUACCAUCGACUUUGGAAGUGUUAGAGUUGAAGGAGAGGUCACACGUGGCGAGUGCAAUUUCACGGAGAAGUUGGGAACUUCCUUGAGAAUCAAAGGAUUUCGGAAGUUGUAGAUGUCUACCGAACCCUUGUGAGAAUGGCGGAAGUUGCUCCCAGAUUUCUCUUUUCGACUACGUCUGCAAGUGCACCGAUGGCUACAAGGGGAAACAUUGCCAUACCAGUGAGUUUGGGUCUUUUUUAGGAAACUGAAAAUGGGAGAUGUACAGAGUCUUCAGAAUUAUUUUUUACUUGUUUUAAAGCUCUUCAAAUUUUUACAAAAAACGGUUCUGCUCCGAGAUUCGAACCAGCCACCUCUCAAUCUCUAGAAUUGGCUCUUACCAACUGAGCUACGACUUAGUUUCAAUUUUUGCAGCCGACCUUCCCCACUCCUGCGAAGAGUGGGCCUUCACCAAGGGCAACAAGGUGAAGGCGGUCCGAGGCCGAAACGUGACGAUCGACGUCGAUGGCGGCGGUCCGAUGCCGCCGAUCGACGUCAUCUGCCGUCUGGAGCGAGAUGACGUCGGCGUCGACGGCGUGACGACGAUUCUGGAGCACGACCUUCAACGUCCGAUGAUCGUCACCGGUGAUAAUAAACCGGGAGCCGUUCGGCACACACUGAAUUAUGGAAUCACGACGGAUCAGAUGGACAGACUUGUAGAGGGUUUUGAAGGCUGCACCCAGGUUUUGGACUUCUGAGGGUUUUGAAGACAGAGGUUUUCCAGUACAUGAGGUAUACCUGUCGGGGAGGCGUCAGGCUGAUGACCCAAGGCGAGGAAAGGUCACCGUCUUCGUGGUACUCGACGAGGUGAGAGAAUUCGAAAAAGAAGUGUUUUCUAUGAAACAAGUAUCAAACUAUUCCAGAUCCGACAAACACGGCCUACAAUGGGGAGAAGCACCCCCGUACAGCCGGAUGUGCUCCUGUGCCAUCAACGGAAGCUGUCUCCACAAUCGGUGACGUCUUCUGAAUCCACGUCUUCUGAAGACCAGAAUAUUCAGAAUGUGCAACUGUGAUUCUGGAGAAGACGCGACGGACGACGGCGUCAACCCCUACGCCCAGCUUCUGCCCGUCACUGGCCUCUUCUUGGGAGGAACUACCAAGGCUUCAUCGAUCGAAGUCGAAAUUGGAUCGUUGAAGUGUCGGAAUCGAGGUUUUCUGACGUCUUCAGAAGGAAAACGAUGAAGUUUCCAGUUUCCUUUGACGCCAUUACCUUUUCGGACCGGAAUGCGAGAUUGAUUGGAGUUCAAACUUUCGCCUCGAGGAUUUUCGACCUCAGCUUGCACCUCAAGUUUGCCCAUAGUCAAAUGAGCGUCAUUUCUUGGCAUUCCGUUGAUGAUCUCCAUUGGUUCCAUCUCUAUGUCAAUGGUGGGUUUUUUGGAGGGUUCUCGAGAACUGAGACUAGGGAUAUGAGGAAAUUUACAUGUACAAUCUUGACGUAGAAAAAAAGUAUUUUUUUAUGACUUUUUCUGAUCCGGAACAGUAUCAUUGCUAUUUUUUUAGGUUUUGAAAUAGAUUGUUUCAAAAUCGAGCCAUUUAGUAGUUCUAGUUUUAAUGAUCCGAUUUGAGUAAAAUCAACGGUUCUAAGCUUCCCAGCAUGUCUUCUUUCCGAUCAGUGAAAAAUUUGACCUCGAAAAGCUUCAAAAACUCCAAAAGAUCCGAUUUUCCCCCAAUUUUAAGCGGGAGAGUUGAACAUGGGAACUUCGAAAAUUUGCAACUGUGGUUUUAAUGGUCCGAUUUGAGUAAAAUCAACGGUUCUAAGCUUCCCAGCAUGUUUUCUUUCCGAUCAGUAAACGAUUUGACCUCGAAAAGCCUCAAAAUCUUCAAAAGAUUCGAUUUUCACCAAUUUUAAGCGAAAGAACUGAACUGGAAAACUUUAAAAACUCAUAAAUCCAGUUCUAAUUGCCCUAUUUGGAUGAAAUUAACCUUUUUUUAAGCUUCUCAGCGUGUCUUGUUAUAUAUCAGUUAAGAUUUGAUACCAAAAAUCCUAAGCAGUUUCAAAAAAUUCAAUUUUCCUCCAGUAUAGGCCUAAGAUUUGAACAUGAGAAAAUCAAAAAUUCAUAAAUUUAUUUGUGAUGGUCCGAUUUUACUCAAAUUAACUUUUCUAAGCUUCUCAGUGUUAAUAUCAAUAAUUAUUUCUCGAACUGUCAAUAUAUAGAUGGCAAAAUCGUUGCGGAGAUCGUCAAUGGCGGGGAAUCUCAAAAAAUCGUCUCUGAUCAUCGUUACGACGAAGGAAGGUUUGAUCUCAGAUUAUACUAUUUUUGAACCGUAGAUCAAAAAUCAAGAAAAAUAACUCUCAGAUGGCACUCGAUCUAUUGGGAAGCCGACCCAACAGGAAUGUCCCUCAAAAAUCGAUGGAACUAAAAAAAGUCGAUCCAACAAAAACCUGAUCCUUCCAAAUGUCUAUAACUGGAAUAUCGGUGAUUUCCCUUACAUUUUUUAUAUUUUUAGUAUUUUUAGGUUCUCGAACUGAAAAAGGUAUCACUGGUUUUGCUGGAGUUAUUAGAAAUGUCUAUUUGUGCGGCCAGGAAUUGGCUCUGAGCCAAACUGUGAGAAAAGAUUCGGAGCGAGGUUGGAAAAACAAAAAAAAAAACCAGAAUAAUUUAAAUCCAGGAAUAUCAAUUGACGAUGAGGGUUACUGUAGGCCGGAUCUGUGCCAAAAUGGCGGUCGGUGUGUCGACAAAUAUGACGGUUACGUGUGCGAUUGCUCGAUGACCCCGUUUGGCGGAUCCGAUUGUACCAAAGGUAAGGAUUACGGUGGAAAAAUGGGGGUACUGUAGGUGCAGAAAAUAUCGGAGUACUUGUUUGUGUAUACCGGCAAUUUGAAAAAUGGAAAUUGAGUUUUAAAAUCGCUUCUUUAUGCAGAAACUGAUGGUAAAAAAAUGAAGAAGAACUCACUCCGGAAUCCCAGAGUGGUACUUAUAGGGAUUAGAGAAAAACAGCCUCUACAGGGACAAAAAAGUGGUACCUAUGGGGGUUUGAGGCCUGACCUCUUGGGGAGAAUUGAAGACAAGGGUUACGGUAAGCGUCGGUUGUGCAGUGUACCUCACGCCAAGAGGAAGACAUGCUUUUUUAACCAAAUUUUUAUGGCGUGUUCAUCGGACAAAACGAAAAUUGUUCCGAAACGCGAAAAAAUUGCUUCAAAACAAAAAUUAGUACUGUUUUGAAGCAACUUUGGCGCGCCAAUGAACACGAUUUUUCGUUUCGAAGCAUGUUCCGUUUCUCCAAUGAACACGCCAUUAGUAUUUUUUUGUUUUUGUAUUUUUUUAUGGAUUGGAGUCAUUCAAUCUGACAUUGAUGCCACCUAAGAAGUAUUUUCCGCGAAUGCCGAAAUCGUCUCUUACUCUCAAAAAUUUAGUUAUCUUUUUCUUUCUUUAUUGGCCAUUUUGGAUGUCGCGAUUCACUUUGAAUACGGUAUGAAUUUUGCAAACUAAGGAGAAUACAGGUUUCUAUGUUUCUUGAUGAUUUUUUGACUUUCGCGGUUUUCCAAAAAAAAAAAAUCCCGCUCACGCUCAAAAUCACGCCUGUUUAAGGUGGCCGGUCGUACUACGUUAGUUUUGGAUAGGGUUUUCAAUAAUAAAAUGAAAUCUUGUUUACUUUUUGUGACGUAACUUACCUUGUGACCUCGAGAAAAUAGGUCCUUUACAAGUUUCAAAAAAGUAAGAAAAUUAAAACAUUUCCUGGCUCCGAAACUGAUUGCACAAUAUUGACCGGCCACCGGCCGCCGUAGUACUGUCUCAAACAUGCGUGAUUCUUUGAUUUGAAUAUCACAAUGCCAGAUCCAAAGAAGCAUUCAUUCCAGAGUAUGGCAUGACGGUCCCGGUCGGCUCUACCAUCGAAAUCCCGUGGCAGAAUCCGGCCCACACCUCAACUUGCCACCGGAUCGCCAUUCAAACCGCCUCCAGAAACUUUUCGCUUCUGAAAUCCAAGGCUCUCUUCGCGGAUUCGACGUUCAACAUGACAGUUGAUGAGAAUGGUUUCUUUUUCUCUUGUAGAAUCCUAUCUUCGAAGAGAUUUUUAAAAAAAUUGAAAGAAAAGGGUUUUCAGAUUUUCUGGUAGAUGAAUUUGUGAAAAAAUGGUUGAAAAUCAUUUUAAAGUAGCUGAAAAUUGGCCUCUGCGUUUAAAAUGGUUCAUUUUUUUUUCCUUUUUUCGCCGGCCAUUAUGGAUUUAGCGGUGUGAAUGUGGAGCAUAUUUUUAGAAUUUUUAGCGAUUCUGAGAUUUUUUCUGGUACAUUUUGAACUCAAAGUUCUUUCAUGGAAACCAUGUCAAAGGUGACUUUUUAGGCUUUGAAAAGCAGGAAGUGAUUCGAAAAAAAAAUGUACAUGAAAUGGAAUUAUACAACGUUUUUUUUAAGGUCACAUCCACGUCGACGUCUACGACGGCUUCUUCUUCAGCUACAAAGAGGAAAGUCGGAGGCAGAAUCUCAGUGAUGACGUCAUGCACGACAUCGCCUUCUGUGCGUCCCUCAACCAGUUCAACUUGACGGUUCCAAUAAAUUCUGAAAUGAAAAAUGACGAAAGUUUUGAUAGAUCGAUGGGGAGAUGGCGAUCAAAAUGAGUGGAAACUGGACCUUUUUCUCGAAUUUCAACGUUUGGCACUUUUUGGAUCCUGGUUGGUUUUGGAAAUAUUUAUUUUCAGCUUGCGAUUUAGAGUUCUAUACAUCAAUAUUGUGACAUCUCGGGUAAGGUCGGAAUGGUGGAUAGUGGCCGCUAAAAGGGAGAGGCUCAAAAAAGGCCACAGAAAGGCAGCAAAAAGGCCACAGAAAGGCAGCAAAAAGGCCACAGAAAGGCAGCAAAAAGGCCACAGAAAGGCAGCAAAAAGGCAGCAGAAAGGCUCAAAAAAGGCAGCAGAACGGCUCAAAAAAGGCCACAGAAAGGCUCAAAAAGGCAGCAGAAAGGCUCAAAAAAGGCCGCAGAAAGGCAGCAGAAAGGCUAAAAAAGGCAGCAAAGAAAGUCCCUUUAUCGAGCCUUCCAUUCUUUCAAGGAUUUUGAAAAUUCGAGAAAUGGUGGAGAAAGGGAGAGGCAGCAAAAAUGAUGCAUAUGGGCUGAGAAAAUGGCCCAAAAAGGCUGCAAAAAGGGAACCUUCAUCACCAUAAAAGGAACAUUUCUUUGGAGCCUUUAUGGACCCUCGGAGGGUCCUCCCGACUUUGCCCAUGAUAAAAAUAAAUAAUGAAUGACUUUUAAGUUUCUUGUCUGUUUUCGCAACCUUUUUUCGGUAUACUCUCUUUUUUUUCCCGCAGAUUUCGUCGGCUGUGUAUCCCGAAUGCAAACAGGCUCAGCUUUCCCCUUGAAAAACCCAAAAGCGGCUCGUCUGAACUAUUCCGGGAAGAUCAAGUUUGGCACCUGUCCGGUGGAUUCGUUGUGAGUUCAUGUUCUAGCUUUUUUCAACCUAGAGGAAGGUUAACAGAGUCUUUUCGGAUGGUAAAACCGUUCAAUAUAAGGAAAAAAUAAUUUUCUAAAGAUCUUGAGAAUUUCGUCAUAGUAUAGUCAAUGUUUCCUGACUUGAAAGGCGAGGGAGGCGGGGCAAGGGGCGGGACGCGUAGCGUGUGCGUACGCGGUUCUUGGCGUCAGUUCAGUUCAAUCGCAGUCGACAAAUUAAAAAGCUCGGCAAUCGCUCUUUUUCUGUGGUUUCUACUAUUUUUUGAUGCACACUUGAACAUAAUCAAUAAAUAAUUAUUAAAGGAGUUAAAAGAACGAUAAAUAAGCUCUGACUGCUCGCUGGCGGUUGAAUUGAACACGUGCCAAGAACCGCGUACGCACACGCUACGCGUCCCGCCCCUUGGCCCGCCUCUCUCGCCUUUCAAGUCGGGAAACACUGACUAUACCUAGUUUGGAAAGUUAGUUUCAAACUGGGAAAGUAGUUUUUUUUUUUUCGGUUUUUUUGAAUUGAAUCUGAGAAAAUCGUCAACAUUUUUAGUGUCCACUUUAGGGGUCACUGGUCCAAUCUGUUUUUUUUUUAAAUUAUCAGAGUUACUGGAAGGAAUACUGGAUGAAAAACUACUAAAGUGGCCACCAAAUGAAGAACCUUUAUAGUGGUCACUAAAACGAAAAAUAGGGGCCACUAUAGAGGUGGGUUUAGUGACCACUUUAGUGUCCUCUAGAAGUAGUCCUUGGUGAGGCCACUAAACACUUUCCCAGAUAUCCGUCCGUUUCAGACUUUUCAUUUUUGAAAUGAAGUUUCAGCUACACUACAGCGCGGUAUGAAACGGUUUCCACGUCGACGACUCCGCCGCCUGGCGAUAUUCACAUUUUUGCCAUUUCUCAGCACAAACAAAGGAUCGUAUCGAUCACAAGUGGGUAUUGGUUUAUUUCCGAUACAAGACGUUCGAAAAGAGUCGAGUUUCUUUGAAAAAUGAAUUCCCAAAAAGGAUAUUUUUCAGCCAUCGGCGGAGUCUCACUUCUGGCGGCUCUAAUCGUACUGCUCCUUCUCCUCGUCUGCUACAUGCGCUCCAGACCCGAAGGCGUCUACAAAACCAACGAAACCGGCGAGAAUUGCUCGCCGAGCCGCAGCGAAGAGCCCCUCGUCCACAGGACCCCCAACUUAUCCCACAGUCACCAUUGUAGUAAUAACAAUACCCACACCAACAAUAACGCCUCCCGAAGUCAUUCCGGCUCAGCCGAAAAGGAGUACUUUUGUUGA